AAAAUUUAUUUUCAACUGUGUGUGUUUGUGCCAUUUGUGCAUGGGUAUCUGAAAAGGCCAGAAGAGGCCAUUGGGUCCCCUGCAGCUGUGGGAGUCUGAUGCCCAGUGUGAGUGUUGAGAACUGGAUUUAGAGUCACCUCACCAGCCUCCCACAAAAAUAGCUCUGCUCUGUACACCAUUCUGGUUUCUCUUUUAUAAUCAGAUGUUGAAGAAUAAUCAUCAUGACCAUAAGCAAAGAGUGGAAGCCAUGAUUAAGAACAUUAAUACAAUUUCUUUGGAGAUGAAGAAGAUGAAAGAACUCUCCCAUAUCCUGCUGUGUGACCUCAAUCUCCAUUUUGGUCAGCCCAAGAAGACUGAAAACCCCAAGGAAGCAGAAACAAGCCACUCACUUGAAGAGACUGAGAUACCAGAUGUAGCCCUUGCUUCUAUCAGUUUAUCUGACUGA